AUGGAGCAGGAGUUGAGCAGAAAGAAAAAACAAACGGUUUUACUUAUGUGCCGGGACAUUCCGGUCAUCAAUCCGGAAAAUCCGGCAAGAUUCUGUGAAGAGUUGGCAUUCUUUGAUACGGAAAGUCAACGGUCAUUUGUGACGGAAAGAAUAGCAAAAAAACUUGGUGUCAAGGUGCAAGAAGAGAUUUUAUCAAUCGCUGCAUUUGGUGCUAGCUCACCUAUCGAUCGAAAAAGUUGA